UUUGUUUUACGAGUUUCCAUUCAUUAUUUGCAUCGCCGAUCAACGUGAAUACAAAACAAAUUGUACCUUGUGGUUCUAGCUGAUUCUAGACCUCCAUUAUCAGCCACUCGAUUCUCCGAUAAGGCCGUAAAGUAAAACGCAAAAGCAUCGUCACCAUUUCCGAUUCGCAAGUUUGUCUUUUUAUUAUUACCGUAAUAAAAGAGACGUUGGGAGAUUGUAGGUAGAUAAACAUAAACGGGUAAAAUGGAGAAAGAGGGAAGACAAGAGUUUUUCUUGGAGGAUGAAUAUGAAGAAGAAGAAAACAUUGAAGAGAUCAUCAAUAAAAAUAGCAGUAGUUGUGGCACGGAUGAUGACGACGUUAAUGGAGAUGGAGAGGGAGAAGGAGAUAAAGGCUCUGAUCCUACCUCCUUAUGUUCUGACCAGUGGCCUCAAAGUUACAGGGAGACAAUUGAUUCUUACUCGAUUGCAGCAUCACCAAACUUUGGAAGCCUCAUACCUUCAACAACAUCCAAUAUUAUGUAUACAAGCUUUUUGAGUCAAAGAAGAAACAGUGUAGAGGUGGAUGCAAAAUCUCCUUUAUUGCCUGAAUAUGGAAGUGUUCAUAAGAAGGAAGACUUGGCAAGGAAAUCAAUUACUCAGUCAUUAUGGUCAGAAAGAGCUUCACUUCGUGAAGAAUUACCUAUUGCUCAUGGAUGUAGCUUUACUCAAACUAUAUUCAAUGGAAUUAACGUAAUGGCUGGAGUUGGGCUUCUGUCAACGCCUUAUACGGUAAAAGAAGCAGGGUGGAUAAGUUUGAUAGUGCUUUUGAUGUUUGCAGUUGUCUGUUGUUAUACAGCAUCACUCAUGAGAUACUGCUUUGAGAGCAAAGAAGGCAUCGUUACCUACCCAGACAUUGGUCAAGCUGCCUUUGGCAAAUAUGGACGUCUUUUUGUAUCAAUCAUCUUGUACACAGAAUUAUAUUCAUAUUGUGUAGAAUUUAUUAUUUUGGAAGGGGAUAAUCUCACUAGGUUAUUCCCUGGAGCAUCCUUGGCUUGGCCUGGUUUUCAGCUGGACAGUAUGCACCUUUUCGGAAUUUUAACUGCUGUCAUUGUUCUGCCUACUGUUUGGUUGAGGGAUCUUCGUGUAAUCUCAUAUCUUUCAGCUGGAGGGGUCAUUGCAACAAUCUUAAUAGCACUUUGUGUGCUUUUCCUUGGUACGAGGGAUGACAUUGGUUUUCAUCAAACUGGUGAAGUAGUGAACUGGAGUGGUAUUCCAAUUGCAAUUGGUAUUUACGGGUUUUGCUACUCAGGGCACUCUGUGUUUCCCAAUAUAUACCAAUCAAUGGCUGAUAAAACAAAAUUUACUAAGGCAUUGAUAGUAUGUUUUGCUUUGUGCACUAUAAUUUAUGGCGGUGUUGCAGUGAUGGGAUUUCUUAUGUUUGGCCAAGGUACCUUGUCCCAAAUAACUUUGAAUGUACCACCUCACAGCUUUGCUUCUAAAGUUGCAGUAUGGACGACAGUUGUCAACCCAUUCACUAAGUAUGCACUCUUGAUGAACCCAUUGGCCAGGAGUAUAGAGGAGCUACUGCCUGACAGACUUUCUAAUAGUUAUUGUUGCUUCAUUCUUCUAAGGACUGUACUCGUCAUUUCUUCUGUUUGUGCUGCUUUUCUCCUUCCCUUUUUCGGUCUUGUGAUGGCUUUAAUUGGUUCCCUUCUCAGUAUACUUGUGGCUGUAAUAGUGCCAGCUUUGUGUUUCAUAAAAAUCGUGGGGAGGAAAGCUACUAGAACACAGAUUGUUUUGAGCACAGCAACAGCUGCCUUAGGCAUCAUUUGUGCAAUUUUGGGGACAUAUUCAUCUGUGGCAAAGAUCCUUGAGAGUUACUGAUAUUAAAAAUUCUACAUGAUUUGAAUAGUUUGCCCCUUACAAUUGAACAGAAUGCCCCCAGAAAUUUUACGUUGCAAUUACUGAAGGACAGAAAUUUUAGUAUCUCAACCAUCGGUGUUCCUCCAUGAGGGCAGCCUUCAUUUCUGAAUAUGACACUCGUGUAUUAUUUACCAGCAUUAAUUAAAUAGGAACUCUUGUGUGUGUUCUGAA